GCAGGACAGUAGCCGAUGGCGGCCGCUCUCCUGGAGCAAGGUGAAGAUGCCUUCAGGAGGCUCUUCAAAUACUACAAGAGGCACCAACCCCCGCCCGAUUUAUCGGGGAUCGUCGACUUUUCCAGAGCGCAGCAGAACGGUAAAGUAUUGAUCACACCACUUAAUGUAACUUCCAUCAGUGAUCGGGAUGCCUCUAAAGCUGGACUGAAGCCAGUUUGCAAAUGGAAAGCUUAUCGUUUAGAAGACUAUCCAGGGUUCAUGUUCAUUUCGGAUCCUUUUCUUCCUGGAUGGCAGCGUUAUUGGGCAAAGCAAUGUUUGAAAAUCUAUCCUCGGAAACCAAAUAUCUGCAACUUGGACCUUCACAUGUCACCAGAGGAAACCAAAGACCUGUGGGAGCAGAGUAGAGAACAGUUAAGGCUGAAAUCCUUUGUUAAAAGAGAGGCUAAAAGUUUGCUGGAGAAGUUACGGUGGGUUACCCUAGGAUAUCAUUACAACUGGGAGACUAAGAGAUAUUCACCUGAUCACUAUACGGCAUUUCCCACAGACCUUGCUUACCUGUCUGAGCAAGUGGCAGCAGCAUGUGGCUUCCAGCAAUUUAAGGCAGAAGCUGCAAUUCUGAAUUAUUACCAUUUUGACUCCUCACUGGGUAUUCAUGUGGAUGAAUCAGAGAUGGAUUACUCCAAACCCCUAUUAUCAUUCAGUUUUGGCCAGUCAGCUGUGUUUUUACUUGGCGGUCUGAAGAGACAGGACCCUCCCCUUCCAAUGUUCAUUCACAGUGGUGACAUCGUGAUCAUGUCAGGCAGGAGUCGCCUUUUGUAUCAUGCAGUUCCCCGGGUUGUUCCCAAUCCAGAAGGAAAAGCAAUCCCCAGUUGUUUAGAACACACAAUGACUAGAGACAGCUGCUCAGAUGACACAAACUGUCAACAAAGUGUUGAAGGUGACUGGGAAAUCUGCAUGAAAUACCUACAGAACUCUAGGGUGAACAUGACCGUGCGGCAGGUCCUGGGAGUCGGACAGAGCUUCCCAAUCGAGUCAGACACUGGAAAGAAAGCAGAUUCCAAGUUGUUUUCUUAUCAUCAAGAUUCUGAAGAGGAGAACCAACAUAAACGACAGAAACUGAUCAAUGAAGAUGUGGCAGGGUCUCCAUAAGUUUUCUUAUCCUCUCUGGAGGAAUGAUAAAGUGCUAGUUUUGUAUGCUGGAGGAUCCAUGGAGGCAGAGUUUCAUCAGCUUGCUAUGUAUGCAUUGUAAAAUUUCUAUUCAUUCAUUAUCCACUUCAGAAAAUCCUUGAGGAAUUAGUAAGGGUCACGUCGUAGAUUCAGUAUUUGCAGGUCUCCCAAUGAGUGUUCGUUCCCCCUGUCAACACCAGUAUUCUCCUCAACCUUGCCCAAUUUAAGCAAUGCUCCUGUCAAUGCCAGUUUUCUUGCAGGAGAACGGAAUGCAGUUUCUAUGUUGGACUCAGUGUCUUGUCAAGUGACAGAUAUAGUAUAGGAUCAGCACAAUAUAAGCCACCAUACAUUUUUUGCCCUAGCCUUCAAGUAAUGUCUUUAACUAUCACCUUGGCAUUUCUACGUUUUACUUCAGCCACCUUUGUGACCAUUUGGUCGCUAACUUAGAGCAGAUGUUUUCUGUCCUCUUGAGAUUAAGUCGAGACUUCAUGAAUCCUUCUGUCAUUGUGCACUGUAUUUAAGAUCAAAAAGGAAAGGGCACAAUGUGUUGACCACACAGUCCCCUUACCUCAUCUAAUACUCAUAUUUAAUUAAUUGUACCAUCAAACGUUAGCUUUGGACCAGUUAUUGCAACAAAGCUAAAUCAAUACAGAAGAACCCUGUUACGGUCUUAAGUUGGUAAAACAAAUGGAAAGGCAUUCAAGCCAUCUACUAGAACCCUCACUGGGACGUAGCUUUGAAAAAGGCUGUAAUAGUUGCCGUCCAUUUGCCAAGGGAAAAGCUGCUCUAACAGUUGGAAACUGAUAAAUAAUGAACAUCUGCUACAAGAUAAUCGGAUCUGGUAGGGGUUCCAGUUUUACAUAUCAUGAAUAAUAAAAAGUAUUUAUAUAUUAA